AUGGUAGUGCAGAAGGUCCUGGAAGCAGCAGCGCGGGCCGGCGCCCCGGCGGCUCGGGCCCGCGCGGUGGGCGCGCUGGGGGCUCAGGCGGGCCUUGGGGACCCUUCCGCGCGGCCCUCCGCUCCGACGAAGGCCGUGUGCGUCGCCGGCCCGGCGGGCCGAAACGCACGCUGGAAACGGGAAGGCGAGGCCGCGGCGAGCACUCGGCGCGAGACGAAGGGCCGGAGGCAGCCACCGAGAGAAGACGCCUCUGAACGCUGCUGGAAGGUUGGCUUCGUGGUGGGCGGCCCUUCUGUUCGCGACAGUCCGUCUUUCCGGAGGGUGCUCCCUAGACCCGUGUCGUCGGCUGCAUGUUUCCACUUUUCCUGUGUUACUAAGCCGUGCGUUCGGAGUUUGCAUCCAGGUUGGCUUUAUGUUAUAAAGAAGUGGUAUGUGUGCAACAGAGAGAAAUUAUGUGAAUCACUCCAGGCUGUCUUUGUUCAGAGUUACCUUGAUCAAGGGACACAGAUCUUCUUAAACAACAGCAUUGAAAAGUCAGGCUGGCUAUUUAUCCAAUUAUAUCAUUCUUUUGUGUCAUCGGUUUUUAGCCUUUUUAUGUCUAGAACAUCUAUCAAUGGGUUGCUAGGAAGAGGCUCAAUGUUUGUGUUUUCGCCAGAUCAAUUUCAGAGACUGCUUAAAAUUAAUCCUGACUGGAAAACCCAUAGACUUCUUGAUUUAGGUGCUGGAGAUGGAGAGGUCACAAAAAUCAUGAGUCCUCAUUUUGAAGAAAUCUAUGCCACCGAGCUUUCGGAAACCAUGAUAUGGCAGCUGCAGAAGAAGAAAUACAGAGUCCUUGGUAUCAAUGAAUGGCAGAAUACAGGGUUUCAAUAUGAUGUCAUCAGUUGCUUGAAUUUGCUGGACCGCUGCGAUCAGCCCCUGACUCUGUUGAAGGACAUCAGAAGCGUCUUGGAGCCCACAAGAGGCAGGGUGGUGCUGGCCCUGGUCCUGCCCUUUCAUCCCUACGUGGAGAACGUAGGUGGCAAGUGGGAAAAACCAUCAGAAACUUUGGAGAUCAAGGGACAGAGUUGGGAAGAGCAAGUGAACAGCCUGCCCGAGGUGUUCAGGAAGGCUGGCUUCGCCGUGGAAGCGCUCACCAGGCUGCCGUACCUGUGCGAGGGCGACAUGUACAACGACUACUACGUGCUGGACGACGCGGUCUUCGUGCUCAGGCCGGUGUAGCUGCGCAGACCCAAGUCCUCAGAGGCCGCACCAGCCGGGUCUGCACGCAGUUGCGCAAUGCGAGGACCUGGGACCGCCGCUUGAGGCGUCCUGUAGGGACUUAAAAGGCCAAAAUACUAAUUGUCUCUUUGUAGUGUGUAAAAGGAAUGUUUUUAAAAAUGGAAACCCAGCUCUUUGUGGAUUCUUAUCAACUCUUUACUCAGAGUCACGCUGCAGUGCAGGUCACACUUCAAUUAUGAUGGAAGAUAUUUUUUAUACUUAAUUGCAGUAGGAGCUCACUCCCAAAGCAGCACUCAUGGCUUCAUGGGAUCAAUUCUUGGAUUGUUUUUAAUAAAAUGAAGACUGGCAAUAAAGGUACCCACUCAGUUCCAAAUAUUGGUCAUAAGAUAGAGCCACUGAUACUCUUUCAUGUUUAGAAACUUUCUGUUAUUAUUCAAGAAAAUGUUUUUAAUCAUGCUAAUAAACUUUUUUGGAGGCGA